CCCACUUGCUGGUAAACGACGAGCUUAGAGAGAGUCAGAAAAAAAGGAGCACGAAGACGAACCAGGAAACCAUUUUUACAAACUCAAAAGCACCACGCGCGCGAACUCACGAACUUAUUCCUGGGUUCAUACGCACCCAUAUUUUAAUCUUCCACAUUUACAUAUUAUUAUUACGUGAUAUUUCUGCCCCACUGUGAGAUUCAAACGCGUACAUGGAUGGCUGGCUUCACUUAUUGUUCUAGGGCAUUGUGUCCCCUGCUAUUGAAUUGAGGUCCUCUUUUGCCUCCAAAACCUAACCCUAGAAUUGGUUGCGACGUUCCUGGAAGAUCCAAUUGUUGUCUUGGAUUGCAAUUCGAGCUUUUUUGUUUCAUAAUACAGUUUAGGCUUUCAAUUAUUGGAAAUGAGUAGUUGUUGCUGUAAAAGCUGAGAUGCAUGGAUAUGAUGCAAGAUCUGUUCUUGUAGUCAAUGCUGAGAUUGGUUUGAUGGGGGGAGUUGGUAUUGAUACCAAAACCUCUCCACGGAGAGCAGCUAUCGAGAAAGUUCAAGAUGAACUCAGACAGGAGUAUGAUGUCAUAGAAGAAAGGAGAAGAGAAUUGGAAUUUCUUCAGAAAGGAGGUAAUCCACUGGAAUUCAGAUUUGGACAUGCUGUUUCAACUAGUGUGCAGUCCACAUCACCAACGGAUCAACAAGUAGAUCAGUUUGGGACCAGCGAGGCAAAAGGCAGUUUUGGUUUCACUGCUUCACCUCACGGGGACUCAGUCGAAAGUAGUGGUAGACCUGGGGAUAGUCAGCUAUGUGAACCAAAUAGUGCUGAUAACCUUAAUCUGUUUGAUGGUGAAAAUAAACUCAUUGAAGGUGAGCGGACAUCCAGAUGUCUUAGUAGAAAUAAUAUUGCUCCUCUAGGGAAGUCAACCCAGAUAGAUGGAAAUCAAAAUGUGAAAGAAUUAGGGAAUUCUGUAGCUCUAGGAGUUCCAAGAAAAGCAUAUAAGCGGCGUUACAGAACCAAGACUAGUCGUGAUGGUUCUAGAUCAAAUUCGAAUGAUGUCCUUACUCGUGGUGGACAUGGCUUUUCUUUGCCCUCAUACUGUGUAACUAAUGACUCAAAAGGAUUGGUAUCUGAUGCAGAGAAACAGUGGGGCCGGAAUAUUACCGGGCAACCUACCAGUUCAAAUGGUGGGGUGACCUCCAAAACUGUACCUUCUAAUAAGAAGGCUAUGGUUGAGCCAGACACUAUAAAGUCUGCCGAGCCAAUGACUGAAAUGUCAAAAGUUUGCAAGCCUAAUGAUGCGCCAGAUGUUAUUUUUUCCACUGUUACAAUACAUAGCCAACACAAUCAACGCGCGGUAGCCCAUGAAAGUCCCACUGAAGUGUCUAUUAAAGGAACAGAAUUGUUGUCAGAAAAGGAGAAGGUAGGGUUUGGAGGUCUUGAAACUCAGCUAUCAGACUUGGAAAAGGUUGAUGAUCAAGUUAGUUCCAGACAAAUGAAUGGGUUUAGUGGUGCAAAGGUUGAUAGGAAAAGGAUAUCAAGUGACAGUAAGCACAUCAGUGCAGAAUUUGCUUCAAAGGGUUUAGAUUCAUCCUCAUCUUGCACUCAGACUAGUCUUAGUCAUAAUGAAAAGAAAGACAGUGAAAUCUGUACAGAGCCAAUAAAUAUAUACUCAACUGUGAAUAAUAUGACGGAUCAAUCCUAUGUUUCUGAAAGGGACUCUGUUUUAGAAAACAAUAUAGUCAAAGACGUGAAAGUGAUCAAAGCUGAUGAAAUUUGUGGGUUUGUAAGUGAGGAAUGCUAUUCUGUGCAAAAGAAUCAUAAAGAUAAUGGGUUUGAACCACAACUAGGGGAUGGGUUAAUUAGGAAUGAAUCUACUUUGCAAAGUGAGACAAAAGACGAAGUCAUCAUUAUUGGCAAAGAAUCAAUUGGCGCUGCUGCAUCAGAGACUGAGGUCAAGCCAUGUAUUUCUGGAAGUGUCAAUUCCAACAACCAAGAUACAAAGGUAUGCCAUGAACUUCCUGGCUCUUUUGAUUCCUCUGUUCCAUACCAUACAAAGGUUGCAGAACUGGUCAGAAUUUCAAGUGUUGCCCAUGAGCGGAAUCAAUCUGAGAUCAAGAUCAAAUUUGUGACUAGAGCUGAUGAAGAUUCAAUCUUGGAAGAGGCGCGAAUUAUAGAGGCAAAGCGUAAGAGGAUUACAAAGUUAUCUUCUGUAACCACCUCGAUAGAGACCCGUCACAAGUCUCACUGGGAUUUUGUACUUGAAGAGAUGUCGUGGUUAGCAAAUGAUUUUCUGCAGGAGCGACUUUGGAAGACAUCAGCUGCUUGUCAAAUAUCUUACCAUGCCGCAUUUUCCUAUCAGUUUCGAUAUAAAGAAAUCAAUGACAGUUGGAAGCAGAAAAAAUUGGCUCACACUUUGGCCAAGGCUGUAAUGGAUUUCUGGCACUCAGUGAAGGGAAUGAACAAAAAGGCAGAACUGCAAUGCCCUAAGAAAGCUGUUGGCCACGAUAUACAGGAAUAUGCCAUGAAAUUUCUGAAAUGUAAUAGUUUAGAUGUCCCACACAGCCAGGCUGAAGCUCCUACAACUCCUGAGAGGGUGUCUGAGACCAAAGAAAUUCUUUUUUAUACAGUCCCAGUUGGUGCAACUGAAACUUACAGAAAAUCUAUUGAAUUUCAAGUUUUACAACGUCAGAAAACUCGCACAAAUAUGAAACAGGAAGUUGAAACCUCUGCAUGUGAUGCUAUGGCAGGAUCUCAAGAUUAUGCAUGUGAAGAAAUUGAAGGGGAAGCAACAAUGUAUGACAUGUCAGCUGCCUUUUGUGGUAGCAGUUCUUCUAGACUUUCAAAAAAGAAGAGGAGAUUCCAAAUGCACACAUACGGUGGAAAGUCAGAUGACAUGAAUACUGAUUUAUCACUCACUCAGUGCAUGGAAAAUAAAGUAGGGAGCCAACAAUCUAUGCCACACCUUAAACGUCCUACCACUAGUCUUAACGUGUCGUUCCCAACCAAACGUGUCCGGACUUGUUAUAGACCAAGAGUUCGUAGUCCUUUUAGUGCGGGAACAUCAGGUCUUCAGGUCUCUACAAAGACAGAUGCCUCUAGUGAAACUAGCUCAUUUCAAGAUGAUCAGAGUAGUUUGCAUGGUGGAUCAUAUGUGCCAAACAGCGUAGAAGUUGAAUCUGUUCGGAACUUUGAGAAGCAUCUUAAACUUGAUUCUGCUGAAGUAUCUAUGAAAAGAAAAAAGAAGAAAAAAGCAAAGAAUCUGGGGUUCUCAUAUGAACAGAGAUGGACAGCUGAUUCUAAUUUUCAAAAUGAGCAGGGAGGUUAUUCAAGGAAGAGGUCAGCCAAUCAUCAGUUUGAGUCUAAAGGUUGCAAUGGUAUAUUUGGUCAGCAUGUUCCAAAGAAACCAAAGAUAAUGAGGCAAUCGUUUGAAAAUACUUCUGAUAAUAUCUCUCCAACUCCUGGACCUGUUCCAUCUCCAUCGGCAUCCCAAUUGUGCAGCAUGCCUAAUACCAAUAAGUUUACAAAAAUGCUUACUGGCCGUGAUUUAAGUAAGGUCAAAAAUUUGAAGAUGCCUGCUGGAAUGGCUGGUUCAGGAAGCCAAUGGUCUCCAUUUGAGGACCAGGCACUAGUCGUUUUGGUGCAUGACAUGGGUCCAAACUGGGAGCUUGUGAGUGAUGCUAUAAACAGCACUCUGCAUUUUAAGUGCAUAUAUCGCAAACCUAUGGAAUGUAAAGAAAGGCAUAAGUUAUUAAUGGUAACUAAUGGUGAUGGGGCUGAUAGUGCUGAAGAUCCGGGCACUUCUCAACCUUAUCCUUCAACAUUACCUGGCAUUCCCAAGGGAAGUGCCAGACAAUUGUUCCAGCGUUUGCUGGGGCCUGUGGAAGAGGCUAGCCGCAAUUCUCAUUUUGAGAAAAUCAUCAUGAUUGGGCGGAAGUAUCUUCUUGGAAAGUCUCAGGUUGAUGACCAGGAUCCAAAGCAACUCCAGCAACCUCAUAGUUCUCACACAAUUGCUCUUUCACAAGUUGCUCCAAAUAACCUGAAUGGUCUUAUUUUGACACCUCUGGACCUGUGUGAUGCACCCUCAUCUAGUCCGGACAUUAGUUCCCUUGGUUACCAAAAUCCACAUCCAGUUGGAUUACCUGCUUCAAUGUCUUCUGGUGCAAAUUCUGCAACACUGCAAGGGUCUCUGAAUGUGAUUCAUGGAAACAACUUUUCUUCACCUUCAAGUUCUCUAAAUGCAACUUUCAGAGAUGGAAAAUAUGCUAUAUCUAGAUCGACAUCGAUGCCAAAUGAUGAACAGCAUAGAAUUCAUCAUUCCAAUCAACUGCUACCUGAGAAAAACAUAUCAGUUUCAUCUACCCCUGGAGCUUUCUCAGGACCUGAACAUGGUGGGGUCCACGUGCUACCCAGUGGCAGUGGCAUGGGGAUUAUCUCUGGCAUUACUAGAGGCAUGCCAACACCCAGGCCUGGCUUUCAAGGAUUUGCUUCACCAUCUAUGCUGAAUUCUGGGAGUUUGGCUUCUUCUGGUAUGGUAACAAUGCCAACCCCGGUGAAUGUGCAUUGUGGUCAGACUACCUCAAUGUCCAGACCUGUUGAUAACUUGAAUAUGAUGAGGCCUACCCAAACUCAAGAAACUCAGAGGCAGAUGAUGCUUGCUGAGCUUCAAAUUCAGGCCGCACAGGUAAACAGCCGGGCAGUACCACCCCCAUUUGGAGGUUUAACUAGCUCAUGCCCCAACCAGACUCCCUCUUCACACGUUCCGUCUUACCCACCUCAACAUCAUCAACCGUCUCGAUCACCGCUCAUCCUUAGUCCUCUUCAUUCUCAUGCUCAAGCAGGGGCUGCCAAUCAUGCCCCGAACAAUGCACAGAAACUAAGUUACGCAUUGCACUUGACAAAAGAAAGACAACUGCAACAGCAACUUGUGCAUCAUAAGCAAAGGUUUGGCACCUCAAACUCUUUAACGCCGUCUGCACAGCAACACCAGUCCCCAUUGCAUAACAGUGCCCAAAUCACGUCACUAAGUGUUUCCCCACCUGCAUCACUUUCUUCUUUGGCAUCAUUGUCUCCCUCAGUUGUCCCUCCUGGCCAUUCUCGAAGUGCUCAAGGUGGUCCAACUAAUCAGUUGAACAAACAGCAGCAGCAGCAACAGACUAGCAGGAGUCACCCUCAGCAACGGCAGCCGAGUGCCAAAGUUUUGAAGGGAGUGGGGAGAGCGAAUGCUUUGAACCAGCACAUGCAGAUGGACCCCUCUGCGUUGAACCAGUCAACUUCAAAUUUAAUGAUCAUAGCUACAGAAAAAGGUGGCAAUCAGAUGACCAACUCAAUGCAAAAUCAGGGAUCAUACACUGGGUCAGCAGUAAAUUCCAUUUGGCUUACAAAAUCAUCAGUGGAACAGCCUCAGCAAAAGAUGCAUCCUGGCCGAGCUGCAACAAAGCCACUCAAGCCAACUGCUUCUCAUUCUGAUAGUAUGGAAGCACUGGAGUCAACCUCACCUGCUGCCAAUCAAGCUAUUACAACGCCAGUCAUCAGUUCUUCAUGUGAUGAAUAUGUUCCGCAUCCACAGUCUCAGUAAAGGAAACAACUAGUGAUUGCAACAAUGCAACUAAUGCAACUCUGCUUCCAAAUAAUGCUGCUGCUGGUAGUGAGCAAUCAUCUCAGAUUGAUUAGGGGCUAUCUCCAGGCAGUUUGUCCCCUGUGGGGCAUGAGGCUACCUUGCAUUGGGAACAACCACAACAACAACAAUAGCUCACCAACCCUGCAAAUUUUUUCCUGCAGCCAAGGGUCUUGCAAUCAGAUAAUAGCAGUUUUUGUGGACGCCCACCCAGUUGGGGACUGGAUUGAUGUCACUUGGCAUGAUUUGCAGGCAUUCCAUUGGUUGCUGGUCAUACCCCACAUCUGGGCUGUGGCAUGUGCUCCAAGUUGCAGUGUACAGGUGAAAUCCAGGUUUUGCUAGACUAAGGAUGUCAACGAGCAGUCUUUUGGGCUUUGUAUAUGAUCUGCCGUUGAUGGUAUGGAAUAUAGGGGUACCUAGAUAUAGAGGUAGGUGUACAUGGUAUAUUUUUUCUUUUUCAAUAUUUUAUUCUAUUAACCUUCCCAAGUCUUUGGUUUCCUCCUGUAUAUCGAAUGGGCUCUUUUGUACGGGGGUAAGCUAUAAUUUGUAAAGCAAAAUGUGUUCUGGCUAGUUGUAGUUCGUUCCAUGAUAUUAUUGCUACUACUUUUCCUGGGGUAGCUUUAGUUUCUAUAGCAAAAGGCAGUUGGAAAUUGUAAAUAUUAGUCCUUUAGUGUAUAUAUAAUAUUAUACACACAUCUCAAUGCAGCUGUUGUGAUAUACUGAUAUUUUAUGAUUGCUCUUUGGCUCAG